CUUCAUUGUGUUUUUGUUAAGUAUUCUAGUGUUCUGGCACGUGGCCUUUCAGGAGCGAUAGCUAAAAAAUAAAAAAUUUAGUGAUUAUAGAAUUUCGUCAAAAAAUGGUUAAAAUAACAUUUUUACAUCCUGAUUUAGGAAUCGGUGGUGCUGAAAGAUUAAUUGUUGAUGCUGCACUGGCGCUUAAAAAAUUUGGUCAUGAUGUUAAUAUUGUUACAACACAUCAUGAUCCGAAACGUAGCUUCGCUGAAACUAAUGAUGGAACUUUACCGGUAGCAGUAGUUGGUAGUUGGAUACCACGUCACAUUUUUGGAAAAUUUUAUGCACUAUUUGCUUAUUUACGCAUGAUUUACGCAGCUAUAGCUAUUUACUUCAUCUCCAGUCGUCCCGACAUCGUCGUCUGCGAUCUUGUAUCAAUAUGUAUUCCAAUACUCCAUCUAUUCACUAACUAUGUAAUUUUCUACUGCCAUCACCCAGACCAACUUUUGUCUCAACCUGGAGGUUGUUUAAAGUCAAUUUAUCGUCUUCCACUUAAUUACCUCGAAGAAAUAACUACCGGUCAAGCUGACAAGAUCUUUGUCAACAGUAGUUACACUUUGAAAAUAUUUAAAUUAACAUUUAAACGCUUACAAAUCACUCCAGAAAUUCUUUAUCCAUCAAUUCAUACUGAAUUUUUUGACACUGCUUCUUCGCAGCCUCUAAAAAGUAUUCUUCCCGAAAAAUAUAGAAGUUUACCUACCGAUUGUUUAAUUUUACUAUCUAUCAAUCGUUAUGAGCGUAAAAAAAAUUUGUUUUUAGCAAUAGACACACUCGCUGCCUGUAAUACAUUCUUAAAUGAUACGGAAAAUCUUUAUGAUCGCUUAUAUUUAAUAAUUGCUGGUGGUUAUGAUAAACGCGUCGAUGAAAAUGUCUCUUAUCAUCAAGAACUUAUCGAUUAUGCAUCUAAAUUAAAUAUUAUUGAUAAAAUAAUAUUUUUAAAAUCGCCGACAGACAGUGAAAAAAUUUCUUUGCUAAAAAACUGUGAUGUGUUAAUUUAUACACCGGAAAAUGAGCAUUUUGGAAUUGUACCUUUGGAAGCUAUGUAUUUACGUAAACCUGUUGUUGCACAUAAUUCUGGUGGACCCAUGGAGACGGUUGUUGAUGGUGUAACAGGUUAUUUGGUUAAUGGGAAUAAUAUUAUCGAGGAUUUCGCCAGUAAAGUGGCAAAGUUAAUAAGAGAUGGUGAAAUGAGGAAACGAUUCGGUAAUGCUGGUAGGCAGAGAGUUAUUGAGUCAUUUAGUUUCACGGCAUUCGGAAGACAAUUAAAUCAAGUAGUUAAUGAUUUGACAAAAUAAAAGCAAUUUGUUAUAAUCUUUUGUAUAAUUAUUACAGUAACAUUCCUUAGUAACAGUUAAUUUUUAAUCAAUUAAGAAAUAGCUUUAUCCCCCUGAACAUUAUUUUUAAGAAUCACACUCUAAUUAAGAGAAUAUUUUACUAAAUAUAUUUUUAAUAUUUUUUCAUCACCUGAAAAUUACUUUAUUAUUUCCCCUGAUUAAACAAAAUGAUUAAAAAUGAUUUCACACGUUAAAUGUCCAUAAGAGACAGGAUUAGAAAUGAUUUGAAGGAUUAAAAAGUAUUUAAAAUGAUUAAAAAACAAAUCAUUUUAAAUCAUUUUUAAUCAUUUUGUUUAAUCAGGGUCACUCUUUUUCAGUAUCAAUUUCAAAUGCGAUUAAAAUGACUAUGAUUGUUAGUUUUUAAAAACACGUUUUUCCGAAAUAACUAGAGAUAAAUGUAUCUAUUUUUUUGUGGAAGUGUGUACAUAAGGUAUAGCCGAGCAAAGUGGGGUACCAUAAAAUUUUAAUAAAUAAAUAUCUUCUUUUUAA